GAAAAGUUCAUUGCAGCGCGGAACAAGUUGAAUUUUAUACUGGAAUGGCAAUGGCAGAAAUAAUGUCUCCGGAAUUGUCUCAGGGACAAGGACAAGGAAAGCAGAACCAGCUCAACGACUUAGAAUCAGAUUCGGACCAAGAGGAAGAUCAUGCGGCGACCACCGGGACUGGACCGGCUGUUGCUGGCUCUUUUCUCCGCGCGCAGGUCAUCCAUAGCGGACACUUUAUGGUGUCCUCCCCGCACAGCGACUGCACCCCGCGGAGACGGAAAAGCGGAGCUACGGUGCGAUAUGAUUUCGAUACCGUGAACAGGACUUGGUGUCAAACAUACAGAUUCGGUCCGCUAAGUUCUGGGAGCCUUAGCAUCGACCCAACCCUGACCCGGUUAUUUGAGUGUAUGUCACUGGCUUACAGUGGUAAAAUAGUCUCUCCGAAGUGGAAGUCUUUCAAAGGCCUGCGGCUGCUCUGGAGAGACAAAAUCCGUCUGAAUAAUGGAAUCUGGAGAGCCUGGUUCAUCCAGUACGUGGAGAAGAGGAAGAACCCUGUGUGUGGGUUCGUCACCCCACUGGAGGGCUCCGAGGCCGACGCCCAUCGCAAACCUGAAGCUAUAGUUCUAGAAGGCAGCUACUGGAAGCGUAGGAUCGAGGUAGUGAUCAAAGAAUACCACAAGUGGAGGAUCUACUACAAGAAGAGGCUUCAGAAAAACAAAGAUGGCCUUUUGUCAAUGCUACAGAAGGGUCAGAUCUGCAGGGCGGAGCUGGAGAAAUGGUCCAGUCAGAUGUACCAGGAGCCUGAGGUCAUGCCAGAGGAGGUCCACAUGUUUGACCUGGACUGCUUUCUGUCCGACAUCUCUGACACCCUGUUCACCAUGACCCAGAAGCCCUGCCCGUGGGCCAACGACCGGCACAACACGUACACCAGCAAUGCUGACAUGAUACAGCCAGGUCUCACCCCACUGCAGCCCAAUCUAGAUGACUUCAUGGAUAUCCCAGAUAUCUUUAUGAGCUACCGGGGCCAGUCAUUGGAGCAGGUUGCUUAUGCUGACUGUGGCUACUUUGAGAGCUCCUCCAGCGGGGCUUUCCCCUCUGUGUCCAGCCCUGUGGUCACCGUUCCACAGCUACACGUCGACACUCAACUAGCUCAGUCCAACCUCUCAUCUGACAGCCUGUCUCAGCCCUCUUCAUCCAACUCUCUGUCAGGCCCUGGCUACCACAGACAACCCCUGACCUCUGAAAUGACCUUCAACCCCACUAACAACCCCAAGUUCAAAGGUCACCAACAACAGGAUUACCACAGCGAGUACCAUACUCCCAGCAUGGUAUCAGGGGCCAUGCCCUCCUAUGGACACCAGGCUUACUCCGGCGCCGCCGUCUCCAUCGCAACCACCAACAUACAACAGCAGCCCGUCUCCCCAGGAGACGGAACCUUUUUGUAUCCGCCUCCCUGUCACAAGUACGGUUACCACGCCACCACUGCCAGCUCAGUGACCUCUACCGUCAUCACCCACACGGGAUCCACUAUGGGUGGCAGUAUUCUGGGAUCGGAUCCUCAGGGUCAUCACGGGUACUCCACCACGGGAGACAUGUACUCCCCAACAUCCUGCCUCUCUCAGGGGUACUCGUCCGUGGUCUCGGCCCCGGCCCUCCCCUCUCUCAGUGUACCUCCUCACUGCUUCUCAGCCCCACAGCAGCCGGGUGUGGCGGGUGGUAGAAGGGGGAAGCACAAGCAGAAGACAGCAGUGGGGGUGCAGAUGGGGUCCCGUCUGUCCACCCCUCAGACGGCUCCCCCCCAGACCAGCUUCCUGGCAAAACUACUGUCCUCCAGCACCCAAGAACGCAAACCAACGCUGGGAUUCGAUGCAACUUUAGUAGCAACCAAAGGGCACAGGUCAACCUCUCCCAACUCUCCACAUUCGAGCAGCAGCAUGCGUAUCGGAGGAGUGUCUGGAUCUCAGCUGCAGCCUGGGUCUCCCUGGCCCUCAGGGAUCCCACUUCUUACACCAAUUCACUGCCAGAUGUCUACCCACAGCCACGCCGGUCUAUACACUAGUACCUCCCACGGAUCUGCCGUCUCUGCUCUCCUCACCCAGGGCUCAACACACCCCAACAUACCUCUCCUCAUCCCCAAGACAGAAAAACUCUCCCCUGUACAGAUCUACGGUUCUGAGAAAACUAGUUUAACAGUGAGCUUCUCGGGACACUCAGGGCAGAUGUCCCCAACCAACCUUCUAGAGAGGGCAUCCAACACUGAGUCUCCGCACUCCUUACCUGGACAUUCCAAAAUGGAGUCAAACAAGACAGAGACCAGGAGGAUAACUCACAUCUCUGCUGAGCAGAAGAGACGUUUCAACAUCAAGCUAGGCUUUGAUACUCUACACAGUCUCGUCACCACACUAAGCUCUCAGCCAAGUAUAAAGAUCAGCAAGGCCACAACGCUACAUAAGACAGUCGAGUACAUCAGUAAGAUGCAGCAGGAGAGAUCUCAGCUACAUGAGGAGGCUCAGAGACUCAGGGACGAAAUUCUGCUCCUCAACUCUGCCAUCAAUGUAUGCCAGCAGCAGCUGCCUGCCACCGGUGUGCCCAUUACCCGUCAACGCUUCGACCACAUGAGGGAGAAGUUCAGAGAGUACGUCCGGGCGCAGACACUACAGAACUGGAAGUUUUGGAUCUUCAGCAUUAUCAUAGAGCCCUUGUUUGAGUCCUAUAACGGGAUGGUGUCCACAGCCAGUGUUGAGGAUCUUUGUCGCACCACUCUGUCCUGGCUGGACCAGCACUGCUCUCUGCCUGCCCUCAGACCCAUGGUCCUUAGUUCACUCCGUCUCCUGAGCACCUCCACGUCCAUCCUGACAGACCCCAGCCUGGUGCCAGAGCAGGCCACCCAGGCGGUCACCCAGGCUAAGGGCCUCCCUCACCCUCACCUCCCUGGCCAACCGCAGGACCACUGAGAGACCGUAGUCUGCUCCCCAAGCAAGCCACCCCGGUUGUCAUCCAGGCCCUCCCCACCCUACCCAUCCCCAGGACCACUCCCCCUCCACGUGGCCCAUUAACAGGGAAAACACACAGCCUAUGUGACCCUAUGGAACAUUAUAGUACCCUGUAACACACAGCCUAUGUGACCCUAUGGAACAUUAUAGUACCCUGUAACACACAGCCUAUGUGACCCUAUGGAACAUUAUAGUACCCUGUAACACACAGCCUAUGUGACCCUAUGGAACAUUAUAGUACCCUGUAACACACAGCCUAUGUGACCCAAUGGAACAUUAUAGUACCCUGUAACACACAGCCUAUGUGACCCUAUGGAACAUUAUAGUACCCUGUAACACAAAAGCCCAGUGACCCAAUGGAACAUUAUAGUACCCUGUAACACACAGCCUAUGUGACCCUAUGGAACAUUAUAGUACCCUGUAACACACAGCCUAUGUGACCCAAUGGAACAUUAUAGUACCCUGUAACACACAGCCUAUGUGACCCAAUGGAACAUUAUAGUACCCUGUAACACACAGCCUAUGUGACCCUAUGGAACAUUAUAGUACCCUGUAACACAAAAGCCCAGUGACCCUAUGGAACAUUAUAGUACCCUGUAACACACAGCCUAUGUGAACCUAUGGAACAUUAUAGUAACGAGUAACACACAGCCUAUGUGACCCUAUGGAACAUUAUAGUACCCUGUAACACACAGCCUAUGUGACCCUAUGGAACAUUAUAGUACCCUGUAACACAAAAGCCCAGUGACCCUAUGGAACAUUAUAGUACCCUAUAACACAAAAGCCCAGUGACCCUAUUAAACAUUUUGAAAUCCGUAGAUUGAAAACCAAACGGUGCCAAUGGAUCACAGAGCUGAACCCACUUUCAAGCACACAUACAGUAGGUAUUGUACGGUUUAGUGCCCAAAAUAACUAUAUGAUUCUCGGAGGGACCAGAACAUUUCUAUCCUUUACAAAAGGGAUCAUGUAUAUAAGGAGGACUGGAGGUUCAGCAUGGAGGGACUUAAUCCCAGACCAACACCCACCACCUCACCAUUUCCCGAUGAACCAAUGUACUCGAAUAAGCACAAAACAUUCCAAAGCUAUAAUCUUAGUUAUAUUCUUAGCUAUAACCUUUCUGUAAGGUUACCUCAUAUAAUGCACUUUUAUGGGUGAUUUUAUAGUGCUGAAAUAAUUUUGAAGUUACCAUUUUUGUGUUCUGUUGUCCCAAUAAAAUUCAAAUGAGGGAAGAGAAAUUGAACGGGGGUGCUUUUCAAUCCACAUAGGCUACUAUAUCUGUGAAUGAAUUAUGUAACUACAAUUAUAUCCUGUAGUUAUAUCAUUUUGAAAUGACAUCUGGUAACACAGCUGCCAAAGGUGUUUAACUAUUCUGUGCUAAUUGUCUCUCAGGUUAUGAUUGUAUUGUAUAUUGGAAGUAUGGUCCUACCCAACAACACACUAUCCCCUGCUUAAUAUAACUGUCUUGAAGGCAAAUAGAUGAGCCAUAUGUUUCCUACAGGCAUGCUGAUAUUUCGAUAUUAAUCUGAUUAUGGCAAUUAGCCUUACUCUGAUUAUGUUUUUUGGAGUAAGGUCAUAAUCUAUGCAUAAACCGAUUAAAACACCUGGAUUUUCA